AUGCAGGAUGAUGCCGUACUGUUCAUCGGCUUCCACCCAGAGGAGCUCGACGUUGUACGGCAACGGCUUCCUGAGGUUGCAUCACUAGCAGCGGAGGAUGGCGGCAGCGGCGCCGCCACUGCGCUCGUGGACGUUACAUACGAUAUGCUGUCAUGUACCGUACGUGAUGUACUUACGGCCGGGGCGACGGCCGCCGCUGGCUCGUACGGCACAUCCGCGGACCGUGUCGCUGCCGUCGCGGUGGGCCGCGUCGUGCUGCUUGUCGGUCCGGCGGCACGGGAGCUCGGCGGCCAGCUGAACGAUGCGCUGGCAGAGUGGGGGGUGGUGCCUGCACUGAUUGCCGCCUACCAGCCCCAGCACGAGCACACGCCGCUGAGGCAGCUGGUGGCCUUCCUGCGGGACUCCCACGCCGCCUACUACGGCCUGCUGCAGCCCGUGCGCGUGGAGCAGCAGCCGCGAUGGCCCAAAGCCGGAAACGGCGGCGAUGACAGUGAAGUUGCCGCUGCCACUGCCGGAGUCCCCACCGCAGAAGUCGCAGUGGCCGGUGGCAGCGGCGGCAGCAGCGACGAGGCGGCGGACGCGGCGGCUGGAUGUGAUGCUGCUGGUUGUGGUCGCUACCGUCGCGAUGCGGGUCAUGUGGUGGUGCUAGACGGGCUGUUGUCGGUUUCGGAGCGCCAGCAGCUGGUGGAUUGGCUGACGUCACCCCAACAUAACCACGCGGGGCCACCGCCGCUGGACAAGUGGGAGAUGGUGUGCGUGGACAGGGAGGGUGCCCGACCCACCUGGGGUCUGCAGCCCCACAUGUUGUCGGCGCUCCGAGACCAGCCGCCGCCGCCUGUGGUGGCCUUACAAACCCGCCUGGCGGCUCUCUACCCCGAGUACGACAUCUGCCACAUGCCUGCCGACCAAAUUUCCGACGAGUACGGCGCUGGUGGCGACGGUACGGACGGCGACGGCGACAGCACGCCUCUGAGCUCGUUUGUGGCCAAUGCGGUCAUGGUGGGGGACCCGUGCGCCUGGCAUGUGGACGCCGAUCCCACCAGCGUGCCCCCGCACUCUCCCUGGGUGCACAACUUUGGUUACUACCAUAACAGGGAGCUCUGUCGGCCGCUGUUCGUGAGUGUACUGCUGUACCUCAAUGCGUCCUGGCCCGAGGACUGUCACGCCGAGACCCUGUUUUUGGAUCCGGAGACGCAGCUGGGCCUCUUCGUGCGGCCCGUGCCUGGCAGGGUGGUGCUCCUGGAGCAGGAUCUGCCGCACCGCAUCUCCGCCCCCUCCCUGGAGGCUCCGGGACCCCGCUACUCGCUGGUGUGGAAGCUGGUGUUUGUCCCCAGGGAUACAGCCGGGGGCCCACCCGGAGGGCUUCCAUCUGAGCACGUCCCCGGCAGUAGCAACAGUGGACUUAGCGGUAGUGCUAAGGGCAAGGAGCUUGGGCGAACACAACAGCAGAGACAGGAGGACGGGGAGGUUGGAACAGGUUGCGUGAUGGCGUCCACCGUUUAG